AUGGCCACCGCGGCUGUGGCCCGCCCAAGUAAUGCGAUCUCUGCUGGCUCCAAUACGAUGCGUACCCGUCGCGACGCUCCUCGACUCUCCAUCAAGCGCGGACUGGACACCAACGGCGAUGGCGGACCCGCGAGAAAGAAGCGCUUCGUCGAGCCAUAUGUACGCACACGCCAACACUAUCUCAAAAAGUUUGCGAGAAAACCGGUAUCUAUGGUGGUGCACCUGCACCAGUCGCACUUUAAAAUCGAAGGACAGGAGGGUUCCUUUCCCAACGACUCGCCAAUGCGCGUCUUCCUCGAACAUUUGCGCCGGGAAACCGUACCGCAUGAGAUGAUGGACGUAUUGCUGGGGAGUCACACGCCCUUCUACGAUGGAUGUCUCAUUGUUGAGGUGCACAACCACCGCAACCCCAACGGCAAAAACCGCGCCCGUCGUCAGGACACUGCCGGCGACAAUGCCACUAACUCGAUGCACAAGUACACCAACUACAUCACCCCCUCACCACUGGCACCGUAUCCCAAAAAGGCUGCUGAGCAACAUGAUUCCGCGGAACCUGAAGAUGCCGAUACAUCCAACAAUGACAGACAACGGAAUACCGAACAGGGCGGCCCUAAAAUCGCGACUCUCGUUCUGCAGCCCACCGAUUUGUCGCGCCAUGCGGAAAUGCUCAUCCUUGCCAGCACGCCGGCUUCCGCAAUGAAGGUAAACAGGAGAAGUGCCGACACACCUACCAAUGCGCAGCCACCAACGCCGCACUUGUCCGUCCCGGCGACUCCGCUUAUUGCUGCGGGUCGCGGAUCCCCGGGCCAGGAGGGAAAGAUGUGUCUGGAGGCUGAGGAUCUGUAUCAAUUUCAAGCUGAAGUUCUGCUUUCGACGGAACCGCCGCUUCUGUUGGAGACUGGCUACACUGGCCAUGAAGCUCUGGACGCACUCGCGCACCCUCUGCACAGCGCCUUGCCGCCAUCGCCCAAGACUCGUAAGAGAACCACUGCUGAACUGGCCGCAGAUGAUGCCCAAGCAGCAGAGGCCGAGAGGAGGAUGCUCAUUAUGGACGAGCGCAUUAAACCAUCUGCACGCUCCGGUGCUGGCGUUAAUUCUGGCGACAAUGGAGCUGCGGCCGCAUCGCUUGGAUUUACUCGCUUCAAGACUAUCGCGAUGGUUCGUGAGAAGCAAGAGGAGAUCGAGCGGCACAAGAAGGAAGAGGAGGCGCAGGCAGCAGUCCAGCGAAGACAACAAGAGGAAGCUAGCCAGGCAUCACAACGAGCGGAGGCUGCGAGAAAUGAGCAACAGAGGAAGAUUAUGACACAGCGCGCGCUUCACGCACGAGAGCAAGCGCGAAAUCACCAACAACAGGCCCAGGCACAGAUUCUAGCUCAACAGCAGAACCACGGCCACCCUGGCUCUAACGGCAUGAUGAUCAAUCCAAACUUCCAACAAACUCAGAUGAUGGCUCAGGCGAGUCCAGCGCCGAGAAAUCAUACUCCCAUGCAGUCCUCUCCAAUGGUCCAGCACAACGGUGUACCAUUAGCACGCACUUCAAGCCAACAGGCAGGAAGCCCGCCGAGACCAACAUCCGCGGUGCCAAAUGCAAACCUGAUGGCCCAACAGCUCAGUCAACAGCAGCACGGCAGUCGAAUCGCUACACCAAAUGUGCAGCAUGGCACCCCGAACAUGGGAAAUGUAUUGCCCGGCAGGCAGAUGUCGCAAACACCACGUAUGCCGCAUGGCAGCCCCGCACCGGGCACCCCAGCUGCUGCUCCCAAUAUGCAGAUGCAAACUCCUGGACAGACUGGCAUGACGCCGGAACAAAUGGCCAUGUUUCAGCAAGCUCAGCGCCAAAUGGCAAUGCAAGGUCAAGCUGGCUCUCCAGCCCAGGUCGCCAACAUGACCCCUGAGCAGAUACAGAACAUUCGACAGCAGCAUCAUCAGCGAGCACAAGCAAUGCAGAUGCAGGCUGCCCAACAACAACAUCCCCACGAUCCAAGAUUUGCGGCUGCGGUAGCUCAGCGGCAGGCCAUGAUGCUACAGCAAUCACAGAAUCAAGCCUUGAGGCAGCGCAUGCUAGCUCAGCAGAAUGGAAUGGGUCAAGGCCAGCAGCACCCUAAUAUGGGGCAGGGAGGAUCUCCACAGGUCGGACGGCCCAACAUGAGUGCUCACGGUCAUCCCCAAGCCCAGCACGGCGGUGACAUGAACGGAAACGCCGGGCAGCAUCAGCAGCAGCAACAGCCGCAGCUCACGCACGAGCAACAGCUUGCUCGUAAUCAAGCGAUCCGCGUUGCUCAAGCUCAGGUCGCACAGCUCGGCCAACAAUACAACGGCAUCCACAACAUACCACAGAACAUUGCACAGAGUCUUCCCCCAAUUUCGCAGAUGAUGCUGCGCCAACAGCAACACCGCCAGCAAGCGCAGCGCACACAAGCCAUGGCAAUCAAAGCCCAGCAARCACAAAAUGGUGGCCAGCAGGUGGCGGGAAACUCUGCUGCAAACCCAGAAUAUAUGGCGUCGCUUCGAGAGAAUCAACAACUACUAGCUAUGCAUCAGUCUCAGGGUGGAAUURGCAUGGGAGGGCAGUUUGGCAGAGGACAGCAGGGUGGCAAUGAUCAUCUAAGCCAACAAAUGCUGGCGAUGCAACAGACAUUACAGAGGAACCAGAACAUGCAGUAA